AUAGCUGAUUUGUGAUUUGUGAGUGGGCAGUUGAAAUGGAAACCUCAAUGUAUUAUAACAUUUAAUAAAGCGACGUGAAAGUUAAACGUGAGUGAGACGAUGAUAAUAAAUGACUUGCACAUACAGACACUUGUUUUGCUAAUAAAAUUUGAUUGUAAGACGUUAGUGCCGGAUCAGUCAAAUCCAAAAUUGAAGUGUUUUAGGUUAGAAGAAAGAACUGUGAAAAAAGUCAACUAAAAAAAUUACUCAUUACCGGCUGAUUUAAUCACUAAUUGUGUUAAUAACCUACCUACCAGUUCAUUUCGAAAAUAGUUAAGGCAAUAUGGGAAUCAUAAUAGGAAAGUUUAGGAAGAAGAAAAGCACAUACGAGGUUUUGGAAAAGUUAGAGAAUGAGAUAGUCUCUAUAGAAGAAUUUGGCAGAAGUACAGAACUGUACAGGAAAAAAAUAAUUGGUAGAUUUAUAUUGUUAGCCGUUUUAACUUAUUUCAUACUAGCCUGUUUAAUUUAUUAUUAUUACAAUCGGAUAUCAUCAAACAACAAACUCAUCUACAUCUUACCUCUCGUGGCAUUCCCUUUCAUAGUAGUUGUUAUUAAAAAAUUCCUUGCGUGGUAUUAUGCCAAAAAGCUUCAAAGAAAUGAAAAAAAACUCAUAAAGUUGAGAGAAGACAAGAAAAAAAUCAUCGAUAAUGUUAUGGAGACGGAAACAUACAAAGUGGCGAAGAAAAUUUUAGAUAAGUUCGGAAACGAAACUAAAAAACCAGUACCUGAAGUAUCGACAACCACAGAUUUGGUGGCACGAACUAGUCAGGCAGGACUUCGUCAGAGAAAUAUAGGAGCAAAUCAAACUUUGAAAACAAGAUUAUCGUUUGGCUCGCCGAAAACACCAGGGUUCAUUGAAAAACCUUUUGCUGGGUCAACUGCCAUUUUUCAAAAUAAACCUCUGGCACAACCUACGCCUUUAUUAGGACCUUCAAGGAGUAGUGCCCUGGUACCUACACCUGGAUUAAGGAUGGCGACUCCGAGAGCUGGACAGUUAGCAACUGCUACUCCUCUGCCUUCGCCGAUGGGUUUUUUACCAGCAAAUCGCUCGGUUCUAGAUAAGAUGGUAGAUUAUUUGGUUGGUGAUGGCCCGUCAAAUAGGUACGCUCUUAUUUGCAAAAAAUGUUUUUGCCACAAUGGUAUGACGGUAAAAGAAGAUUUCGAAUAUACCUCCUUUAGAUGUUAUUACUGCACACAUUUCAAUCCAGCUAGAAAAAUGAGAAAAACGGGGCCGAGUUUUGGAAGCACUUCAAAAAUCGAGUCCGUAGACGAUUCUUCCGAAUCCGAUAGAGAUACUCAAGAUUCUGAUCCAGACACAACUCCACAGCCAAUAGAAUCUGUGAAAACUAGACGAUCGUCCUCCGAAACAGAAGUGCCAGCACCGAUUCAAACUCUUUCAGCAGUGGAAUUACCGAAAGAAUCUACCAGCGAAAGAAAUUCAAAUUCUUCUCCUGAACUCGAGAAAUAUUCUGAUUUUGACAAAUUGUCUGACUUGGAAUCUCGAGAAGGAGAAGCUAUCGAUAAAUCACCAGAAGAUUCAGGGAUACCCCAUGAAUCAGUCGAAAGUACAAAUACCACUCCUGAAAAGGCUAACGUCGAAGAGACUCCCAUGGAAAUCGAUCGGGACACGUCUACCACCGAACUUAUCAACGAUGAAUCAUAGAGAAAAGACUGACAUUCUUUUAAAUUUUAGGAAGAGUAGAGAAUUUGAUGAAGGUAUUCGUGAUAUUGUUGCUAAAUAGAAGUUUUUCUUGGUUCA